AGUAUUUUCCAUAGAGGGCACUUGCUUCUGUGACGUCACGGUCUCACAGCGUGGAGUCACUGAUGUAUUUUUGAACUUGGACAACAGUACAGUGUUCGAAAGCGAGAAAAAUGGGAUUUAUGAAUUAUUCUCUGGUCGUCUUUAUUUUCUUUUAUUUGCAAGGGAACGUGCAGGCUCAAAGGUACUCAGUAGAAGUGACCUCUGCAAACUCCAUGGUAAAUCAAGGAGAUAACUAUGUAGCUCUCUGUAACAUUCCGGGUCACGGGGCACUGGACAUCAUCUCCAAUUUAAAGGUGAAGUGGUACCACAAUUCAAAGCAUGUCACCAAUCUGUGCACCUUGGUGGAAUCCUCAGAAGCGGAGAAAUAUUCAUGUAAGGUGCUCUCCCCUCAGCCGAACAACAUUAGCUUGGAGUUGACAGUAAUGGAUGUGCAGAAAAAAGAUGUUGGAAACUUAUCCUGUGAAGUGCUGGAGCAAAUCAAGGAUCAGAACAGUAAAUGGGUGAGAGACGAAUUGGUAGCGAAAAACUCCGUGGCAAUCAAAGUGAGAGAACCCAUCAAGGAGAUGUCCUUUAAGUUUGAUAUGACCAUUAUGGAAACCUUAACACUAGACAACAAUGUUGCACCCCAUCCUCUGGAAGUCUUGCCGGGGAUGUACAGACCCAUCUGCAUGGUUAGGGGAAGUACACCUCCUGCGAAAAUUAUGAUCAUGAUGGACAAUAAAGAGAUGAAGGGACGAGUGGUGACAGCAUCAACAAAAGAUGGAAUACAGUUUGUUGCUGACGAGACUGAAUUCAAAGGUAACACACAGACUAACAUAAUGUGCAAAUCUAGUGUUGAUGGCCUGUCAAACUCGGAUGAGCAGAGAACAUUUCAGGUUGUCACCCGUGAAGUUGAUCCCAAAUUCAAGUGCUCCAAUGAUUCAGCUAUUGUGAAUAACAAACGCCAUAAGAUCAGGUGUCAAGUUUUUGGAGUUGAGGGUAUUGUGUGCAACAAGAUUCUUUGGCAGAGGGGUGAUGAUGGAGAAAAGUUCAACCCAGGAAAUCAUGAGAACAUCAACAUAGAAUGCAGAAAAGUGGAUGAAUCUGAGAUAGAGACAACCUUGGAGAUCCUUCGAGUGUCCCAGAAUGAUUUUAAAACGCCAUAUCGUGUGAUAUACAACGAUCCUAGCGCCAAGACAAAUAUGCAUCAACUCAGCAUUCCACAGGCCAAGAACAAUAUCACUACAACUAGUCAUGGAGUAUCAGAAUACAGCAAUUCGGCGGUGCUGAAGAGAGCCACGUGGACAUUUCUUCUGUCAGCUGUGUACACUGUCCUCUAUGUGGUGUUGUAACAAACAGUGCCAUAGGUCAUUUUUAAAAAAAAUUACGCAAGCAGCUUGUGCCUACAGAAGACUUUCAUACGUUCUCAUAUUACCUGUAGUAUAAUUAUAUGUAACACAUACUUGAACAUGAAAAAUAUGAAAUCCAGAAACAAAAAGGGAACAAAUUUUAAUGGAAGAUCUUAUUGUAUUAUUGAGAUAUGAAAAGGAAUUGUGAUGAGGAUUUCUGCUCCAUAUUUCACAGCUCAAGUCCCUAUUUUAUGUUCGUCUUUGUAGAAACUAAUGUAGCACUUUGUUGGUAUGGUAGAUUUGGACACUUGUAGAGGUGUGUUUUGUAACAGUAGCCCAAAAAAAAGCUUUGUCAGAUAGAUGGUCACUGUAUGUACAUGUAGUGUUUAAUGAGUAGUAAUGGAAGGUCUUGUAUUUCAGAUUUUAUUUUUAGCCAGGCAUAGGUUUUAUUUCUGUAGCUAAAAUGCAAAAAUGUCCCAUUUUUAAAAUUAAAAAAAAAUGUAGCAGCUGUUUGAAAGCUUGGAGUGUUUUUUAUGGGCUAGAUAUUUCAUGAUUUAAAACGAUAAAGGGGGGGGGGGGUGUCAUGUUGGUAGUUUGAGUUGAUACAAAGCUUUUGUCAGACUGAAAUAAGUUUAGUUUUUCUUACUGCAUCCUCAUCAAGGCAUGAAAUCUGAACGUCAUUUGUUUUUAGUCUGAAUGAACACACAGGUUUGUUAUGUCGACUUACUUUCACUUUUUAACAGAUUGAAAUUGUAAUGCAUGUUACAUGCUCUGUCAUCUGUGUGUUUCACAUCCUGAUUGGAUAAAUAUUCUCAUUACGAAGUCUUGGUGUGUAAAUAUUAUUGAUUGUAUUGCCUAUAAAUAUAAUGUAUUGUUAAAAUGUUGUCAAACAAGUGAAUUUGUAUAUUAUAUAUGCACAUUGGUCAUGGUUAUGGAUUUCAUAGUUGUAUACAUAUUAUGCAAACAUUUUGUAUGUAAUUUUUAAAGCGCGAGAGUGAACUGUAGUUAGAAAAUUCACUGCUUCCAUCAUGUAGGAUGUUUAAAUAGGACAUUCCUCUGUAAAUAAUAUUCUGAUGUGGCUGUACCUCUUUCAUGUGUUACUUCAGUUUUACUUCUAUGAAUACAUUGUCCAUAUUAUAUGUAUUAUAACUAAGGAAGAUUUUGAAACAUUCCAAUUUUUUAUUUUUUAGAAAAUAGCCAAAUAGCUAUAUAUGUAAAGUUUGUAUAUGUCAACAGAAGUGCUAUGCUUACACAUAAAAAAAAAUUAAUUCAUAUUUUUAAAAAAAAUAUAUGUGAAAUAUAUUUUAAUUUUGUCUUUUUUGAAAGAUUUUCAGAGACUGGAUCUUGGUUGUAAAAGCAAUCAAUGUAAAUUUUAUAUACUUACUUUCAUUAUUGCAAAAUUUGAUGGUUGCUUGCAAGAGGGAAAAGUUGUAACGUGAUUUAUGUAAUGUACCUGUAUUGAAGGAAGUGCAGGGAAGGUGUAAUGUAACGUACAUGUAUUGAACGAAGUGCAGGGAUGGUGUAAUUUGGCCCUGUGAAUUUCCAAAUUUCAAAACGAUUGAUAACAUGUAAAGGACCCAAAAGUGAUCAGUGGGAUUGGCGUAGUCGACGUUUGUCUUAAACCAUUUGAUGAUGUCAUAAAUUCAAUUGGGAAAACACAAUUGGAUUGGUUCAUCUGCAUUCAUCAAACCAUAUCGUAUGAAAUGGUCACCUGCUUUUUCUGUGCCAUAUGAUGGCUGUGGACGACGUCGCGGCUGUGGAUAACGUCGCAAUGUAGACGUCGAUAAUGUUGCCAUACUGAUAUUGAAUGUUCCACAUCACAUGAAAAUCGUCUUUUUAUGUUGGUAUAUUAUGAAUUACAUCAGGUAUUCUUUUAUUUAAGAAAUGACGCUAACACUUAAUCCUAUUAAAAAUUGAAAAGGGUUAGAGCAGAUCGCACUUAUUUGUAAACUGUAUAGCAUUUAGAAAGUACUUGAAAUUAUGUAAGGUAUUCCAUCUAAUUUAGACUUGACUAUUUUCAAAUGUACCCCAACCAAUUUAUUUUCUUAUUAAAGAGUAAAAGAAAAAAUUUUGGAUUAUGGGCAGGGGCAAUGUAAAUAAUUGAGCAUUUUAUGGGGAAAAUGCAUGAAUUUCAAUUCGUUGUGUCAGCUUUUAAGAAAGGAAAGGCAUUGAUAUUUUUGGGCUGAAUUUCAUUAGUAGCUAGUACAGGGCUGAAUUUAUACUAUUCCAAAAAUGGGCAGGAGUACAGAGUGAUCAGAUUUAAAUUUCUGUGAUUCUCCAGACAUGGUUUAUGUAAAAUUCGUCGUAAUGAUCACUUUUAUUAUGUGUAUCCACCAUUGUAUUUCAUCCACUAUCAAUAAAUAUUGUAUGCUUUAAAGCUUCUAGAUAUACACGUAUGUACAAAGAGAGCGGUUGUUUUUAGAACAUGUAUGCAUUUUAUGAAUUGUUGCCAACUUUGUCAGAUUCUUCAAUGUUUUUCAGAUAUAUUUUGUAAUCAUGCCUCUUUCUCGUUGAUUUAGCCAAAUACAGUUCAGCAUUAAGAUUGAUUUAAUAUUCUUGUUGAAAUACUUUCAUUGUUGCUUGUACUCUUAAACAAUACACUUUUUUUAUUCUAGAGUUCUUAUGUUUCAUUUUAUCAAAUACUGUGUAUGUAUCAUAUUUCAAAAUGAAUGUAAGAGAGUUGAUGAUUGGUUAGUGUUGUGAAUAUGUAUUUUGAUUACAGAUAAUGUGUAUUAAAUAAUGAUACAGGUGUACCUAGUGAAACUGA